AUGUAUGCUGUGACUGGUAGUGAUGAGGAUGACUGUUACCGGUGUUUCCCGCCCGACCCGGGCAUUGGUACUGCCGCGUCAGGUACUAGUGAGGCUGCUGCUCUAGGUGCCAGUGCGUCUGUGCUCUCAGGUGCUGGUGAGUCUGCCCUCUCAGGUACUGUGUCGGCUUCGGCCUCUCACACCUUCACCCUUGACUCUGGAGCGUCUCGCUCCUUCUUUAGGGUCCGCACCACUCUCACGCCGCUGAGUCGGCCGGUUGCGGUGUCCCUGGCUGACCCCUCUGGGGGGCCUGUCUUGUCUCGCUUCUCCACUGUCCUCCCGUGUCCGGCGGCCCCCUCUGGCACCCUGACUGGUCUCUACCUCCCCUCGUUCUCGACGAACUUGGUGAGUGGUGCUGACCUCCAGGAUGCGGGUGUCCACCAGUUCACCCCUGCUCGUCAGCGGGUGACUCACUGCACGGAGGCGGAUACAGGUCGCCACCUGGCUACGGUCCCUUCGUCUGGUCAGGUGUUUGCUGCAGCGUCCAGGUCUGGUCCUGAGUCUGCCCCCUGCUCGUGUCGUCGUCUGUCUCACGAGACCCUCCUCUGGCACCACCGCCUUGGCCACCCCUCUCUGCUUCGGCUCAGAGGCAUGGCCUCGCGAGUCCUUGUGUCUGGUCUUCCCCGGUCUCUCCCUCCCCUUCCUCCGGGCCCUGGCCCUACCUGUGUCCCCUGUGUCGAGGGGCGCCAGCGUGCUGCCCCUCACUCCUCCCAGUUUCCUCCGACAGAGGCCCCGUUGCAGACGCUUCACAUGGACGUGUGGGGCCCAGCCCACGUCCGUGGACAGGGUCAGGAGCGCUACUUCCUGCUGGUGGUUGACGACUACUCGCGUUACACCACAGUCUUCCCCUUGCGCAGCAAGGGUGAGGUCACUGAGGUGUUGAUCGACUGGAUCCGCGCAGCUCGUCUCCAGCUUCGGAGGAGCUUUGGCUCUGACUUCCCUGUUUUGCGUCUGCACUCGGACAGAGGCGGAGAGUUCUCCUCUGGCCUCCUGAGUGCCUACUGUCGUGCGCGAGGCAUCCGUCAGACCUUCACGCUUCCGGACUCACCACAGCAGAAUGGGAUUGCUGAGCGCCGCAUUGGCAUGGUCAUGGACGUCGCUCGUACGUCCAUGAUGCAUGCGGCUGCUCCCCAUUUUCUGUGGCCGUUUGCGGUCAGGUACGCUGCGCACCAGAUCAACCUCCACCCCAGGGUCUCUCGACCGGAGACCUCCCCAGCCCUGCUGUGGACCGGGAAGGUUGGCGAUGCGUCGGCGUUCCGGGUCUGGGGAUCUCGGGCGUUUGUUCGCGACCUGUCUGCGGACAAGCUGUCCCCUCGUGCUUCUCCCUGCGUCUUCCUGGGGUUCCCCCCCGACGCCCCUGGGUGGCAGUUCUACCACCCCACCUCUCGACGUGUUCUGUCCUCCCAGGACGUCACGUUCGACGAGUCGGUACCCUACUACCGCCUCUUCCCCUACCGCAGUCCGUCCCUCCCCCCACCCCCGCUCUUCUUGGUACCAGGUCCCCCCCCGGUAGUCCCCCUCCCCCCUCAGGGUCCUGCCCCUUCAGGUGUGUCCCAGGUAGACGCGGUCGAGCCUGUCGAGGUCACUGGUGACUCUGGUGCUGCUGCGGGAGCUGAGCCUGGGGGUGCGGAGUCUGGGGGUGCUGAGCCUGGGGGUGCUGAGCCUGGGGGUGCUGAGCCUGGAGGUGCCGAGCAUGGGGGUGCUGUGCCUGGGGGUGCUGAGUCUGGGGGUGCUGCGCCUGGGGGUGCUGUGCCUGGAGGUGCUGAGCCUGGAGGUGCCGAGCCUGGGGGUGCUGUGCCUAGGGGUGCAGAGACUGGGGGUGCUGAGCCUGGGGGUGCUGAGCCUGGGGGUGCUGUGCCUGGGGGUACUUCGUCUCGCCGGGAGCCACUCUCCCCACAGGAGCUGCGUGAGUGGUUUGCCAGGCGCUGGAGGCGUGCUGCUGGUGCUGGUGGUUCUUCGGCUGCAGAGGGUACUGCUGCCGCGCGUCCCGCCGGUGCUCGUACUGUGGGUGCUGGAGCUGCUGGGUCUGAGAGUUCUCCUGGAGCUGGUACUGCUGAGGGUGUUGGCGCUGAGCCUGCCGUUUGCGGUCCGAGUGACAGUGCUCCAGGUGCUGCUGCUGGAGGUUCUGGAGCUGCUGGAGGUGCUGCUAGAGUGGGUGCUCCUGCCGGAGCUGCUGGUGCUGUUCCUGCUGUUUCUGGCAUCGCCGCGCGGCCCCGACCGUACUUCGUUCCGCUCCUGCAGCAGGUUCUUGGUCUUACACUUCCUCCUCCUCCCUUAGAGGGUCCGCAGCCUGUCCGCUCACAGCCACAGCUACAGCCUGCCUCCCCUUUGCCUGCUCCUUCUCCCUACGCUGGUCCGACUGGAGGUCUUACUGAGCGUCGUGAGCCUGCGUCUCGUCCCGUGUCGCCUGUUCGUACUGAGCGCACUAGUGGUCGCAGGUCGCGUCAGCGUCCUCCUCCUGUCCCUGGCACGCACCGGAUGUCGCUGCGUCCGUCCACUGCUCCUCUGCGUGCCCCUUUGCCUUCUCCUCCUGCUUCCUCUCUUCCUGCUCUUGCCGACCCGGAGUCGGACUCUCUUCGUGCUGCCAGUCCUACUGUCACGCGUCUCCUUGCUACUGCUGUCACUGACCCUUCCUUCGAGUCGUCUGCUGCGUCUGCCCUUGUCACUGAGCUUGUCGACUUUGCUGCGCGCUGUCGUCUAGACUACGCUGCUCGUCUUGUCACUGAGUCUGAGUCCGCCUGUCCUCCGUCCGUCGGGGGUGAGUGUGCCCUUGGCACGGACGUCCUUGAGGACAGGCAGGAGGAGUUCCAGUGUCUGGCCGCCGCUUCACCUCGUCUCGCGUCUGUACUGCUAGCCCCUGAGGGAGACCCGGAUGCACCAGACAUCCCGACUCCGUGCUCUUACGCGGAGGCGAUAGAGGGUCCCUACUCCUCUCAGUGGCAGGCACCUAUGGAUGCAGAGAUGGCUUCCUGGAAGUCCACAGGCACCUACGUUGACGCUGUUCCCCCUCCUGGGGCGAACAUCGUCAGUGGCAUGUGGAUUUUCAGGGUGAAGCGGCCGCCGGGUUCUCCGCCUGUCUUCAAGGCGCGUUACGUGGCUCGUGGCUUCAGUCAGCGGCAGGGGGUUGACUACUUUCCUACCUUCUCCCCCACCCCGAAGAUGACCACUCUUCGGGUUCUGCUGCACGUUGCUGCUCACCGUGACUACGAGCUGCACUCUCUCGACUUCAGCACAGCUUUCUUGCAGGGCAGCCUGCACGAGGAGAUCUGGCUGCGUCGCCCACCUGGCUUCACUGGGUCUUUCCCUCCUGGUACCCAGUGGAGUCUCCGGCGUCCAGUCUACGGUCUCCGUCAGGCGCCACGUGAGUGGCACGACACACUGAGGACUACGCUCGCGGCACUUGGGUUUGCUCCUUCUACUGCCGACCCGUCGCUGUUUCUGCGCACCGACACCUCUCUGCCGCCGUUCUACAUCCUCGUGUACGUCGACGACUUGGUCUUUGCCACAGCUGACACUGCUGGACUCGCCUACGUGAAGUCCGAGCUGCAGAAGAGACACACGUGCACUGACCUGGGUGAACUGCGCAGCUACCUUGGCUUGCAGAUCACCCAAGACAGAGCACGCCGCACCAUUACCCUGACUCAGUCACACAUGGUGCAGCAGGUCCUUCAGCGCUUUGGCUUCACGUACUCCUCGCCUCAGGCCACUCCUCUGCCUACUCGCCACUCGCUCUCAGCUCUGCCUUCGGAUGAGUCCGUAGAGUCGAGUGGCCCGUUUGCAGAGCUUGUUGGCUGCCUCAUGUACCUGAUGACCUGCACACGACCUGACCUCGCAUACCCUCUUAGCAUUCUCGCACGCUUUGUUGCUCCUGGGAGACACCGACCAGAGCACAUGGCUGCAGCGAAGAGGGUGUUGCGCUACUUGUGCAGUACGUCGGGCAUGGGGCUAGUGCUUGGAGGGCGCAGUCCAGUGGUCCUCACUGGGCACGCGGACGCUUCUUGGGCUGACAACCAGGCUACGCAGCGGUCGUCACAGGGUUACACCUUCAGCCUUGGUUCCGGCUCUGUUUUGUGGCGGGCUACCCGCUCGUCUUCUGUUCUCGGCUCCAGUUGUGAGGCUGAGAUCUACGCCGGGGCUAUGGCUGCACAGGAGUUACGCUGGCUCACCUACCUGUUGACCGACCUUGGAGAGCCGCCUCGUUCUCCUCCAGUCCUGUACGUAGACAACAAGGCCAUGCUGGCCUUGUGUCGAGAGCAGCGACUGGAGCACAGGACAAAGCACAUUGCUCUCCGCUACUUUCUUGCUCGUGAGCUACAGCAGCGUGGACAGUUGCGACUUGCGUACGUGGCCUCUGAGGCCAACACUGCUGAUGUCUUCACCAAGGCACUUGCGCCUUGUGAUCAUCAGCGUUGCUGCACGCAGUUGGGUCUUGUGUCUGUCUUGCCUCACUUGCUCUCCUCUUGA